GAAUUUACCAAUGAGGGAUUUAAACACAACAGCCGGCAGGUUCUGGCCGCGGAAGAUGUUGGGCUUUGUAGUUUCUGCGGCGCUUGUGAGCCGUGGAGCGGCAGGGGCGGGAGGACUACAAGUCCCAGGCGGCGGCGCGGCGGGUCUGGUUUUUGGGGGGGCGGGGCCGGGCGUGCGCGCAGCGGCGGCGGUGUCAGGGGCCAGACCGAGGCUGGCGUUGUUUAUUGUGGCUGGUGCCGCCAUAGCGGUGUGAGAGCCGAGAGGAGGAGGAGGGGGGGACCGACCCCGCAGAGCAAUCCAUCGGCAUCACCUCUGCUGCUGGGCGCGGCGGACUCGGCUAGUAGCGCACGGUCACCGCGGCGGACGGGGCUACCCUCCCGGGCAGAUAUUGGAUUAAAAGCGGGGCGCGGGGCCGGCGAGAGUGAAGCCGAAAGAAACCGGUUUUCCUCGGCGGUGACAGGCAGCCGCCUUCUCCCGGGGCGGGGAAAAGGACCGUGAGCGACGACCCAGGGCCCGUGUUCGGUCAGCCGAUUAACCCGACCUCUUACCUGCCCCACCCCGGCCGGCGCCAUGGCCUGCGGAGCCACCCUGAAAAGGACUAUCGAUUUCGACCCUCUGCUGAGCCCCCCGUCGCAGUCGCCGAAGAGGAGGCGUUGCACCCCGCUCAGCUCGGCCGCCUCCCCGCAGAAGUACCUGAAGAUGCAGCCGUCACCGUUCGGAGAGGUGACCCCCCGCCUCACCACAGAACAAAUCCUCCACAACAUAAAACAAGAGUACAAACGCAUUCAGAAAAGGAGACAUUUAGAAAGUUUCCUGCAUCAGUCAGAGGGCAGUUGUUCAACUGAUACACAGUCCCAAAUCCCAGUUUUAAAUGGACCAGCUUUGCAAGGCACUUCAUCUGGAUCAUUGUCACCACAGUCAAAGAAAGACCAGCCACUGUUCACAUUGAGGCAAGUUGGAAUAAUCUGUGAACGCUUGAUUAAAGAGCGAGAAGAGAAAAUCCGCGAAGAAUAUGAAGAAAUACUGGAUACAAAGCUGGCAGAACAAUAUGAUACUUUUGUGAAGUUCACGCAUGACCAGAUUAUGCGACGAUAUGGAGAGCAACCUGCAAGCUAUGUGUCCUGAAUUGUCGUGUUUCUGUGGAGUGCCCUUUUCCUUUUGAACACUGCAAGUUGGCUGUUUCUCUGAGACUUGUAGCAGUGCCAUAUUAACCACCUAUGAGCACGGGGUGUUUUCAGCUUGUGUCAGUGGCAACCACUUUUCUGCAGCAUAUGUUUAUUGGAGUGCUCCCUGAUGUGUCAUCACCUCUUAUUGGACCUUCGCUAACUUGUACUUAUAAUUACCAGUGGCUCCCUCUGUUUAAAAAAUUUUGCUGUAAAAACCUGAAAAGCUUUUUUCUUUAAUUUUAAUGACUUUAAAGGAACAAUGCUGGUGUUCCAGAAUGUCCAUUUCACAAUUUCAGCAUUGUAUUUUAAAUGCCAGAUUUUAGGGGAAUAAUCAGUCUAUUACGGUUUUAGUAAUGAGCCUUAUUUUGCAAACUUCAACUUCUAGCUACCAAAAUGCAAAAGAGGGCAACCAUCUUUUUUAUUCCUAUUCCUUGUAUAAGUGUUAUAUUUUCUCAAGCUGGUUUAUUGGAGGUUUUGCCUUUUGUCUUAAAGUUCACAUUGACACAAUGCCAAGUUCAUUAUCAGACUUGCAAGUGAACAAGGUAAUAGGUGGCUCUCAUUUGUUUUUUUUUGCUUAACAUUUCUAUUUCAACAAAUUAGCGAAGUAUAAUUCAACCCAAUCAUAAAUGAACAAUUCAAACUGUUGAAUUAAUUGCAACAACAUAAUGUUUCCCUGACAUCCAGCAGGCAACUGAAUGCAGCUUGACCUUGUUUCUACUUUGAAUAUUUACCUGUGUUAAUAUUAGACAUGUUAAGUCAGGAUGUUUUCCAAAAAACUGUUUCGAUACUAGGUUUUUAAAUUGUAUACAUAUUUGACUGACUUUAAAUGCAAGAUUCUUGAUUUCUAAUAUUACUGUGGGAUUCCAGCAAUUUUUAAAAAGAAAUAACUUGCAAGAAACUAGGUCCAGUUAAUCAUUAAACUACAAAGGUCCAAGAAUACUGAUAAUAAACAUGCUUCCAAGAGAGCAGCUGUGAAGAUGUGAUAGCUGGUAGCAAUGUCUUCAGUUACUGCACGGCUGAGAUUAACAUGACUGGAGGGCAAAGGUUUGCAAAGGCUCACUGUGCACUACAACAUUUCUGCAGGCAACAUCUCCGAUUGAAUUUUGGAUAAUGUGAUUAAUUAUCUCUGCUGUUGGAAUUGCUUGCGUGUAGCUGUGGUCACCUGUCAAAUGAAGGGUUCAGAAGGGAGUUUGUUCUGAGGGAGAGGAUAGGAAGGGGUAACUGAAGCUUCAUAGUAAAUUUGAUUAAAAUAGUAAAUUUUAUUUAUUCUAGCAGUCUUUCAAAGUUUAUUUCUGCAUUUUGAUGUACCAUUAUUUUACUGUUCUUUGUAGUGUAAUGGAAUUUAGUUGACAAUAAAAGUUUACAUCCAGA